GGCCCCGGCAAGGUGCUCACGUGUCUCCUAGGUGACUAGUUGCUGCUUUAGUCCCAACAGCCGACGAGACGCCAGACAUGCGGCGGCCCAACAUCCUGCUUACGGGUACUCCUGGUGUAGGGAAGACUACACUGGGCAAAGAGCUUGCAGCAAGAGUAGGAGCAACAUACGUUAAUGUGGGUGAUUUGGCAAAAGAAGGGGAAUUAUAUGAAGGCUUUGAUGAGGAAUAUGAAUGCCCAAUUUUGGAUGAAGACCGAGUAAUUGAUGAACUAGAAGACAAAAUGAAUGAAGGUGGAGUUAUUGUUGAUUAUCAUGGCUGUGACUUCUUCCCAGAACGCUGGUUUCAUAUAGUAUUUGUACUUCGCACUGAAAACUCAUUUCUGUACGACAGACUUGAAAGCAGAGGGUACAAAGGGAAAAAACUACAGGACAACAUUCAAUGUGAGAUUUUCCAGACUAUUUAUGAAGAGGCAAUGUCAUCUUAUAAGGAAGAAAUUGUACACCAGCUGCCUAGUAACACGCCAGAGGACCUGGAGCGGAAUUUAGAUCAGAUUAUACAGUGGAUUGAGCAGUGGAUGAAAGACAACAACUGAAUUCUGAGGAAAAAGGAACAUGUUGGACUUUUUUUUUUUUUUCCAGGUUAUUCUGGCCAUUCAAUAAAUGAAAUUUGUAAUUG